AUGUCUACUUCCGAUCAAGAUUCAAAAGCCUCGAAGCGCGUGCUCCUCCGCGUCGCCUCCGUGGCCUGCGGGAUACAGUUCGGGUGGGCGCUCCAGCUCUCUCUCCUCACUCCCUACGUGCAGGAGCUGGGGAUCCCGCACGCCUGGGCGAGCGUGAUCUGGCUCUGCGGUCCUCUCUCCGGACUGUUCGUGCAGCCGCUCGUCGGACACAGCAGCGACAGGUGCAAGAGCAAGUACGGGCGGCGGAGACCGUUUAUAGUCGCCGGAGCCGCGGCGAUCGCGGUGUCGGUUUUGGUGAUAGGACACGCGGCGGAUAUAGGGUGGGCGUGUGGGGAUAGAGAAGGGAAGAUUAAGCCGAGAGCGAUCGUGGCGUUCGUGUUGGGGUUUUGGAUUUUGGAUGUUGCUAAUAAUAUGACUCAGGGUCCUUGUCGAGCUCUCCUCGCUGAUCUUACUGAGAAUGAUAAUCGCAGAACAAGAGUAGCCAACGGCUACUUCUCCCUCUUUAUGGCCAUCGGCAACAUUCUCGGCUACGCUACUGGAUCAUACAACGGUUGGUACAAGGUCUUCCCUUUCACCAAGACCGUCGCAUGCAACGUGGAAUGCGCCAACCUGAAGUCCGCAUUCUACAUAGACGUAGUCUUCAUCGCAAUAACCACCAUCCUAAGCAUCACAGCUGCUCACGAGACGCCUCUCGCUUCAUCACCUUCUCAUCAAACACACGGGCAACAAUCCAGUGGAGGAGGAACAGACGAAGCUUUCCUCACCGAGAUCCUCGGCACUUUCAGAUAUUUUCCGGGGAGCGUCUGGAUGAUCUUGCUCGUCACGGCUUUGACGUGGAUAGGUUGGUUCCCGUUUAUUCUGUUUGAUACUGAUUGGAUGGGACGAGAGAUCUACGGCGGCGAACCGAACCAAGGUGGUGCGUAUAGUGCCGGGGUGAGUAUGGGUGCGCUUGGUUUGAUGUUGAACUCUGUUUUCCUUGGGAUCACUUCGGUGCUUAUGGAGAAGCUUUGUAGAAAGUGGGGGGCUGGUUUUGUCUGGGGGGUGUCAAACAUCAUUAUGGCUGUUUGCUUUCUUGCGAUGAUUGUUACUUCAUUCGUUGCGUAUCAUAUUGGCUACAUUGGCCAUGAACAGCCACCUGCUGGGAUUGUGAUUGCUGCAGUGUUGAUCUUUACGAUUCUGGGGAUUCCAUUGGCAAUAACUUACAGUGUUCCUUAUGCGUUGAUUUCAAUACGUAUUGAGUCUUUGGGCUUAGGUCAAGGCUUGUCUUUGGGUGUGCUGAAUUUAGCAAUAGUCAUCCCACAGGUAAUUGUGUCUGUUGGGAGUGGUCCUUGGGACCAACUAUUUGGAGGUGGGAACUCACCGGCACUUGCAGUUGGAGCAGCUGCAGGGUUCAUUGGCGGAAUCGUAGCCAUCUUGGCUAUUCCUCGAACAAGGAUUCAGAAGCCCAUCCCUCUCCCAUGAUAUCCUCUCUUUUUGCUACCAAACGAGUUCAAGCAAGGAACGCUUCAAGAGAGCAUGGUGGGAGGGGAUGCACUACUUUGUGUGAUCCUUGUCGGAUUCAUCCAAUGGCUUCUGGUGUGACUAACUAACUAAUUUUCAGCUUCUAGGACCUAACCCCCUCUGCGUUGGGUCUAUGGUCCUUGUGUCCAUGAGGAGCCAUAGAAGUUUACCAGCGAAAUAAUAACACAUCAUUAAGAUUGUGAGGUCUAUGCAUCUCUCCUUUUGUUGGAAGCACCCAAAUAGGGCUCUUCUCUGUUUGUUUUGUUGUUUGGAUAAAGCUUGUACCAGUUUACUAAUACGUACCUGUAAAUUAUAACUGAGAACAUGUGUACAACGGAGACUGAAAUUUCUGAAAUUGUUAUCAUAAGUUCUUUUU